AUGCCGCGAGUCUCGGACGUCAUCCGCCUGUUGGCAGCUGCAGUCCUUCCGCUGCACAGCUAUGCGGCUUCCAAUAUGACAGGCUACGAUCCCUGCGACGCUCUCAUCCAGGCGGGCUUAGGCAACCGUGUGCUCUUCGCCACGGACCCAGAGUACGAGCCGCGCAUCGAAACCUACUGGGCUCUGAACACGCGCCUGCACCCCUGGUGUCUCGUCCAGCCGGAGAACACAGCCGAGGUGUCCACGGCCGUGACCGCGUUGCUGGGCGCAGGCGAUGGUGCCGGAGACUGGCACAUUGCCGUGCGCUCUGGCGGCCACCACCUCGCAUACACGAACAACAUCGACCAUGGAGUCACCAUCGAUCUGGGCAAAAUGGACCAAGCCGUCUACGACAACGAGACCAACAUCGCCAACAUCGGUCCCGGUGGCAGGUGGAAGAACGUCUAUGCCGAACUGCACAAGCAGGGCGUGUUGGUGACCGGUGGCCGCGACGGCGAUGUUGGAGUGGGCGGGUUUCUGCUGGGCGGUGGUUUGACGUAUUUCAUGGGCCGUCAGGGUUUCGGUGUCGAUUCCGUCAAGAACUUCGAGGUUGUUCUCGCCAAUGGCACCGUCGUCAACGCGAAUAGCGAGGAGAACUCGGAUCUCUGGAAGGCUCUGAAGGGUGGUGGCAACAACUUUGGUAUCGUCACCAGAUUCGACAUGGAAGCCCUCCCAGACAAGGAACUUGCGUACGGCAUCCGCAUCAUGGCGGCAAACUACUCUUCCGAGCUGGUCGAUGCUCUUUCUCACUUCACCGAUCACUUUCAAGAAUUUGACGAUGAUGCGCUGGUGGGGCUUUUGCAGCACAACUCGUCAACUGACUUGGAUGUCAUGAUGGCCGCGAUACACGUCAACACUCAGGGCAUCCACAACAGCUCCGGUUUCGAGAAACUGAACCAGAUCCCACCUCUCGUACCUGAUGAGACUCAGUCUAUGAGCCUCGCUGCCGCUGCCGAAGACUCUCAGCUCCCUGGCAACAAAUGGAGCGCCGGCGCCACCCUCUCAUUCAAAAACGACAAGCGCAUCCUCAACCGCGCCGUCGAGCUGCACAACAAAUUCGUCCAAGACCUGAUCGCCGCGCUAGGCCCCAAGACCUUCGACACCAUCGUCUUCCUGCAGCCGCUGUGCAAAUUCUUCGGCGACCUCAGCAACAAAAGGGGCGGCAACAUGCUCGGCAUCGACGCGCAGCCGCACAACGCCAUCGUCUGGACCGGCGCCGUCAUGGUCAAAUCCGACCAGAAGGCCCUGGCCCUCGCGCAGACCCGGAUGAUGGCCAUGCUCGCGGAGCUCCGGAGCUACGCGGCUUCGCUGUCUGGCGGCAACAAGUUGCUCUUCAUGAAUUAUGCCGACGCGUCUCAGGAUGCGCUGGGGAGCUAUGGCAAGGCGAAUGUUGAGCAUAUCAGGAGCGUGGCUGCGAAGUAUGAUCCCACGGGUGCGUUCCAGACGCGCAUCCCGGGCGGCUUCAAGAUCUCGCGCGUGGAUGUCUAG